CAGCGCCACAGGUAAGUAGGGUGACCCCAUCCUUUCCGGACAAGGGACCGUCGUCGCGAAUUUGGGGACGCGGCGUGGGUCGGAAGCGAGAUGACCCUCCAGGGAGAGAAGUACACCAAAUUCACCAUGAUUGAAGACAAUAAGGAAAACAAAGACCAUGCUUCAGAAAGAGGAAGAGCAACUCUGGUUUUUUCCUUAAAGAAUGAAGUUGGAGGACUUCUGAAAGCACUGAAAAUCUUCCAGGAGAAGCGCGUGAACCUGCUACAUAUCGAGUCCCGAAAAUCAAAGAGAAGAAACUCAGAGUUUGAGAUUUUUGUUGACUGUGAUAUCAACAGAGAACAACUGAAUGAUAUUUUUCAUCUUUUGAAGUCUCACACUAACGUUCUGUCUGUGAACCCGUCUGAUCAUUUUACUGCGAAGGAGGAUGACAUGGACAUGGUUCCUUGGUUCCCGAGGAAGGUCUCCGACCUGGACCAGUGCGCCAACAGGGUUCUGAUGUACGGCUCUGAACUAGAUGCCGACCACCCGGGCUUCAAAGACAAUGUCUACCGUGAAAGACGGAAGUAUUUUGCAGACUUGGCUAUGAACUAUAAACAUGGAGACCCCAUCCCUAAGGUCGAAUUCACUGAGGAGGAGGUUAAGACCUGGGGCACCGUGUUCCGAGAGCUGAACAAACUCUACCCCACCCAUGCCUGCAGAGAGUAUCUCAAAAACUUACCUUUGCUUUCUAAGUAUUGUGGCUACCGGGAAGAUAACAUCCCACAGUUGGAAGAUGUUUCAAACUUUCUAAAAGAACGCACAGGUUUUGUUAUCCGUCCUGUGGCUGGUUACUUAUCACCAAGGGAUUUCUUAUCCGGUUUAGCCUUUCGAGUUUUCCACUGCACACAGUAUGUGCGACACAGUUCAGAUCCCUUGUAUACCCCGGAGCCCGAUACCUGCCAUGAACUCUUAGGUCACGUUCCCCUUUUGGCUGAACCUAGUUUUGCACAAUUCUCCCAAGAAAUUGGCCUGGCAUCCCUUGGAGCGUCGGAGGAGGCUGUUCAAAAACUGGCAACGUGCUACUUUUUCACCGUGGAGUUUGGGCUGUGCAAACAAGAUGGGCAGCUGAGAGUCUUCGGUGCUGGCUUGCUGUCUUCUAUCAGUGAACUCCAACAUGCACUUUCUGGACAUGCCAAAGUAAAGCCCUUUGACCCCAAGAUUACCUGCAAACAGGAGUGUCUCAUCACAACUUUUCAAGAUGUCUACUUUGUAUCUGAAAGCUUUGAAGAUGCAAAGGAAAAGAUGAGAGAAUUUACCAAAACGAUUAAGCGCCCCUUUGGAGUCAAGUAUAAUCCAUACACGCGGAGUAUUCAGAUCCUGAAAGAUGCGGAGAGCAUCACCAGCGCCAUGAAGGAGCUGCGGCAUGACCUCGAUGUCGUCAGUGGUGCCCUGGCUAACAUCAGCCGGCUGCCGAGCAUCUGACCACAUCCGGUCCUAAUCCUGAGAGCAUCUGAGCAUCUGUGCAGAGGACUAGGGGCCAGCUCUUGCUUUUCUUGAAGACUUGGUCAUGGGGGCAUAGCAGCCAAACAAUGUUUCC